AUGGCUUCCACCUGGUCGGCACCAACUGAGGAGCUCUCCUGUCCGGUCUGCCGGGAUAUUUUUAAAGAUCCUGUUCUUCUUCCUUGUAGCCACAGCUUUUGUAGUGCCUGUGUGGACAAAUGGUGGAUGGCGAAACGACGACGUGAAUGUCCCGUUUGCAAGGCAGUGUCUCCGACUAAUUUACCACCACCUCGCAACCUGGUGUUGAAGAACCUGUGCGAGGCUUUUCUACUGGAGGUGGACUCUGGGGUUUUCUGCCGCCUCCACGCCGAGAAGUUCAAGCUCUACUGCCUGGACCACCAGACACCUAUCUGUGUUGUCUGUAGAGAUUCAAGCCAACACAAAAACCACAGCUGCGUUCCCGUCGACGAGGCAGCCGAGUCUCACAGAAAGUAUCUCCGGGAAUACCUGAAAACUACAUGGGAGAAAGUGGAACUCUUCCAUGAUAUAAAACUGAACUGGGAAAAGACAGAUGGACUCAUUUGUGAUCAAGGUUGUAUCACAGAAGAGAAGAUAAGAGAGGAGUUCAAGGUGCUUCAGCAGUUUUUGCUAACCGAGGAAGAGGUCAGGAUUGCUGCACUGAAGGAAGAAGUGAAGCAUAAAAGAAAUAUUAUAAAGGAGAAGAUUGCAGUUUUGAGCAGUCACAGAGCAGCCCCCUUCGACGUUGCCAAAUACCUGGGAAAUCUGAGCUUCGCCGUCUGGUGCAAAAUGAAGGAGAUAGUGUCGUACACCCCCGUCAUCCUAAACCCCAACACCGCCCAUCCAGAGAUCCACCUGUCUGAAGGUUUGACCAAUGUAAGACGUGGACCCAAACAGACUCUUAUUCCAACCCCAGAGAGGAUGGAGCAGCACCGCAGCGUCUUGGGCUCCGAGGGCUUCACCUCAGGGAGUCACAGCUGGGAUGUGGAGACUGGAGACAAUCAUAUAUGGGCACUGGGUGUGAUGGCACAAGAUGCCCAGAGGAUGGGAGACAACCGGUCUGGCUUAUGGAUGGUGAGGUUUAGCAACAGUAAAUACACAGCAUUCUCCCCAUCGUGCCCAGAGUCUGUCCUCCCGCUGAAGCACCGACUCCAGAGGGUCAGAGUGCACCUGGACUGGGACGGAGGGGAGCUGUCCUUCUUGGAUCCAGAUACCAACAUUGCCAUACACACCUUCACACACAAAUUCACCAAAAGGCUGUUUCCAUACAUCAACACCUGGAGUGACCGCCCACUGAAGAUAUUGCCAGUGAAGCUCUCUGUAACCAUAACAUGGUAG